GUACAAACUUUGAAGCGUUACUUUUAAGUUUCGAGCUUUGAAGUGCAGAAUCAAAGGAUUGUGGGUGGAGAAGAAGCGGUGACGGAUCUAACUUGGAACUCCCUUUCUCUUCUUACUGCUAUUCCUGACCUAUCUCUAACCCCCUCAAUUUCUCUCAGUCUCCAAUCCAGGUAGAUAUUCCUUGUGUUCAAGCGUCUUCAUGGCUUCAAAGCGGAUUUUGAAAGAACUUAAGGAUUUGCAGAAGGAUCCACCAACUUCCUGUAGUGCAGGUCCUGUAGCAGAAGACAUGUUUCAUUGGCAAGCAACAAUUAUGGGCCCCUCCGAUAGCCCUUUUGCAGGAGGUGUGUUUUUGGUUAAUAUUCAUUUUCCUCCGGAUUAUCCAUUCAAGCCUCCUAAGGUUGCAUUUAGGACCAAGGUCUUCCAUCCAAACAUCAACAGCAAUGGGAGCAUUUGUCUUGAUAUCCUAAAAGAACAGUGGAGCCCUGCACUUACCAUUUCCAAGGUUCUGCUUUCUAUUUGCUCGUUGUUGACGGAUCCAAACCCUGAUGAUCCGCUUGUUCCAGAGAUUGCUCACAUGUACAAGACUGAUCGGGCCAAGUACGAAGCUACUGCACGCAGCUGGACCCAGAAGUAUGCAAUGGGUUGAUGAUGAUGAUGGUGGUGGUUAGUGUGUAAUAUACCUAUGGGUUUUGUAUGUCGUCAAAUGUUUUACCUUUAGCAGGCAUGUUUUCUUAAAGGGAACUUGUCAUUGUGUUUUCAUACUUUGGAUCAGUGUUGAAAUAUUGUCUUCGGUCCACUCUACUCCUAAAGUGCGUACUGAAUGGUCUGACUAUUGUUAUAAGAGAUAUAUGCCACCGUUCCUUUGCUUCUUUUAUGAAA